AUGAACGCGUCAGAGCAAAACUUGUUUAAUCAAUUAAGAGCAAUACGCAGACAGGAUUACAUCACAGAAGCAAGAAGGGAAGAAAUUACUCAGGAAGUGUCGAGAGAGCUCAGUAGACACUCUGGAGCCCCAGGAAGCCCAGUGCAACCAAACAACACACCACAGGAUGGUAGUAUGGAUGCAGAGAACGAACAGAAUGUCCCUUUAGUUAUUGAGCCCGUUAACAACAAUGCAGAGUCAAUAGAUUUUGAAAGCGCAUAUAAUAGUUUUCAAGAAAAUUAUGCGAAAUAUAGGGGAAUGCCUGUUAUGAGUCUGCCGCACUUGCGGAAACUAAACACCUCUAGAAAACUCGGUAAAUUAGUUGACUACUACAACGCUGUUGUAUUACCGGAAACACUGAACGAAGAGAUUAGUCUCGAAGAACUAAUAAUAGUCAUAUACUGCGUUGCUAAGACUAUAUCUGAAAUAAUCACUAACAAAUAUUUUGAGAACAAUCAACACAAUCAGAAGCCAAAACACUCCAGAUCAACUGACAAGAGUAAUAAACCGAAGUGGUUGAUAAGACUCGAUAAGAGCAUUGAAGAGCACCGCCGAAAAAUAGGAAAAAUAACAGCAUUGGUGGGUGGAAACACCUCCGGACGAUUGAAAUGCCAAGCCCUCAAAAUAUGUAAAAACUUUAAUAAUCACCCGAAGUUCGAAAAUAAUGAAGAAAUGCCUAAGCGUACGCUCAAUACGCUCAAGCAAAAAUUAAGAUCGCUAACCACCAGAAGAGAAAAAUAUAGCAUGUCUAUGAAACGCAAGCAACACAAUCGUAUGUUUGAAAGCAAUCAAAAGCUAUUUUUGCCACAAUUAAAGCAAACCACGAACGUUCAAAGGCAGACGCGACAGGCAUCAGGGGAUGAAUUUAGAUCAUACUGGUCGUCUAUUUGGUCCAAACCUCAGCAAUACAACACCUCGGCAAGCUGGAUAGUAGAAGUGAAGGAAAAGCACUCUAGUAUUCCAAUACUUGGUUUCUCAGCCGUAACACCUGAAGAGGUUGCGAAAGUUGCUCGAAGGCUCCACAAUUGGAAAACUCCAGGCUGCGACAACUUGCAUGCGUGUAUAACUAACAUCUUUUAUGAGCAUAUCGAAAUACAUAACCUGAUUGCAGAAGAGCAGAAAGGAUGUAUACGCGCAUCACAAGGUUGUAAAGAGCAACUGAUUAUAAAUCAAGUUGUCCUUGGGCAAUCUGAACAGAAGAACAGAAACCUCUAG